AUGGAAGGAGCCGAUCGUGCAUACGCAUCCACGUUCAGGCAAAGAAUGGAUGAUAUUCUGCAUACAAACGUCGAGUCAGCACACGAUGGAAGCACCCCACGCGCCUCACAGCGCAAUUCACCAGAACCUGCACUAGGACCACAGGAUUCUGCAUUGCAAGUUGGAGGACCAGCGUCCCCAACCCCAUCACUCUUACCCGCCUAUGUUCCCCCCAUCUGGGAAUUCGACGGACACCAGUUCGAGCAUCUAGAAGAUGCACUCAGACAGUCCGCUCCUGGAGAAGUCCUAGACCACAUCCGCGAAUGGGUUAUUGUGGCAAUGAAGCUCAUGGUCAGUACCGAAGUCGCCAAGGUCUACAAUGUGCUCAGAAACAAGAUGUACGAGCACAAGAAAGCCUUCGAGUCGCUGAUCCAAAAUAACAAGAGCGAACACCGACUCAAGGAGAGAAUGCUCCAGACGGAGAUUGGGAAGCUCAAGGAUAGGAUCCUCGCGCAAGAUGCGCAUAUGACAGUUUUGAACGACGAGCUCACGGGAACCCAGGCAGCAAUGCUCGAUACAGGCAAAGAAAUGAUGGAAAUCAAGGCAGCUAACGUCAAGCUGCGACAUGAGCUAGCUUUGCUCAAAGCAAGCGAUGUCACUGUGAUGCAAGGUCAAACAUCUGGCAUGGUCCAAUCGCACAAACCCCGCAUCAAAAUUGCUGAGCCUCCACACUACUCGAGCAAAGGAAGUCUGGAGGAUUGGCUCCAACAACUCGGUAUAUGGAUGCGGUGGAAUGAGAUCAAUGACGACGAGCACAAGAUCACCACGGCCCUGCUGCAUUUAGAAGCAGCACGGCAGGCACUUGGCACAUGGGAAGACUUCGUCAACAUUCUCAAAGUGAACUACAGAACCCUCGACCCGGACAAGGACACGCAGCAGCAUCUGAAGGAUAUCUGUGACAAGACGUAUCCCACGAUGGUAUCCUUUGCAGAACAGUUCUGCCAAUGGGCCACUAAGACCAACUUAGGGCACACUGCACUCAUCGGUUACAUCGCUGAACACCGAAGCAAGGACAAUAUCUCGACCUAUGCCUUCAAUAAGAGUCCAAGUUCAGAGCUGACAAGGCAGGACAACGCGGAACGGUUACAACAUCAUCAUCAUCAGCACCACGGGCCCCGAAAGACCCCAACGCAAUGGUUGUGGAUCGAGUAUCCACCCUCACCAAGGAACAAGAAGGAUGGCUGGAGAAGAAGCUACCCCAAGUACAAAGGCAAAUUCGAAAUGCCAAAGCGGGGUCAAGCAACAAGGGCAAUUUCUUCAAACAUGGCCUCAGACAUCUCCGACGACAGCAAGGUGAGAUAUGAAGCAGUCCGUGCUUUCAUCGCCACCUACGACGUGAAGGGAAAGGAAAAGGAGGCAGAACCGGAACCAGCUGUCGAAGCAGCUAGGAUCACGGAGGUAGAAGAUGAUGAGGAUUUUCUUCAGCGGGUUCUCUGA